UGAUCUCUGUCAGAAGCCAAGAGUCACAGAGACGGAGAGCUGUGCUGCACCUCAGCAGGACAGCAGGAUGGAGGGGGUGAGUGAGGAUGACCUCUGCUGGCUGCAGCUCGAUGACUUCAGGAUGUUGCUGAUUAAGAACAUCGACGCGUCCAGAAUCACUCCUUACCUCCGCCAGUGUCAGGUGAUCAGCGCCGAGGAUGAGGAGCAGCUCUUCAGUGACCCCAACCUGGUCCUCCGGAGGAGAAAAGUUGGAGCUCUGCUGGACAUGCUGCAGAGGACCGGCAUGAAAGGCUACACCGCCUUCCUGGAGAGCCUGGAGCUGGACUACCCUCAGCUGUACAGCCGCAUCACAGGGAAGGAGCCCAACAAGACCUUCAGCAUCCUCAUCGACACAGCGGGGGAAUCGGGUCUGACCCAGUUCCUGAUGUCCGAGCUGAGCCGUCUGCAGAGGGUGCUGCAGGACGAGAGGAGGAGACGCCAGCAGGCCUGCUCCGUCGCCAAGGAACAGGAGGCGUGGACCCGCCAGCAGAAGCUGAAGGACCGGGAGCUGAAGAAGCUGACGGAGCGCGUGCAGAAGCUGCGGGAGGAGCGGGAGAAGCUGAACGAGGAGCUGAAGCAGCUGCGAGACCACAACUACAGCCUGAUGGCCGACAUCAACACCUUGAACCAGGAGAAGAGCAACGCCCUGCUGGCCAACAGGGACCUGCAGAUAGAGGUGGAGCGUCUGAAGCACACGGUCUUGCGAGCUGAGAGCGAGACUCGACUGCUGAGACGACGGACCAUGAGGCCACUGCAGCAGAGCCGGAACCUGACUCUGCCCUCAGACGCCUUCCUCCAACCCAACGUCCAGGAGGAGCAGAAGGAGAAGCUGACACAGGAGAAGCAGGAGGAGGCGCAGGAGGAGAAAAAGCCGGAGAAGAAGGAGGAAACCCAGAAGGAGGGGCAGCAGCGGCUUGGCUGUCGAGCUACUCCGCAGAUGAACCUCCUCACAACGGUGUUCAGACUGAGGAGGGAGCUCCACAAAGCUGAGGAGCAGAGAGCCAAGAGCGUGGAGGAGAAGGAGGAGCUGACUCUGCGCUGCUCUCAGCUGAAAGGAGACGUCAAGAUGUACCGGCAGCAGAACAAGCAAACUGUGCGGCAGCUGGAGGAGGUGAUGAGAGAGCGGGACAAGGCCCUGCUGUCACAGACGCAGCAGCAGGACGAGGCACGAAUGCACCUUCAGGAGAAGGAUCAGUACAGGGAGCGCGUCAGGCAGCUCACAGAGAAGUCCGACAAGCUGGAGCUCCUGCUGCUGAGGUCGCAGGGGGAGGAGCUCCAGCUGAGGACACGCCUCCGCAGGAUGACCUUCAACUCUCAACAGCAGUUUCAGAGGAGUGUGAGCAGCGAGGAAGAGGAGGAGGAAGAGGAGCCCAACAACAGCGCCGCUAAAGCGAGCAGUGAGGAGGUUCCCAGCGGGACUUCAGGGGAGAACGAGGAGGUGCCAGCUCAGCCGCAGGAGCAAGGUUCUCCUGUAGGAGGCGCCAGAGAGAUGGAGCAUAGAGCUAACAAUGCUGCAUCAUGGGACGAGGGGACCGACGGCUUUCUCGCCUCUUUAAGUCGUCCAAACUUCUUCUACCGCAGGAAACGAGCCCUGAGGUCAAAGUUCACCAACGGAGAGUCAGCAGCCUGUAACCUGGAGGACAGCAGCUGCAGCGAGAUCACCGAAUCAGACUGAGAGAAUGUUUUAGCUGCAGGUUCUGAGCUCCGCCGAGGGAACCGGAGCUCCAGUGGCCAACGUCCCAGAAGUCUUUGCUCCGGUUCAGAUAUAGAGAACCUCAGGUUUAGCAGCAGAUUUGGUUUGAUCAGACGGUUCCCUAAACACGCAUCUUCUGUUUUCUGCUCUGAAUUUUUUUUAGAUUUCUGCUUCGUUUACUGCUGCUGAUUCUUUUUCUGUUUGAACAAUGUUUCAUUUCCUUUCUAUCAGAUAAAUAAAGUUUUUUUUCCUAAGAAAAAACUGAACCUCUUCAUUAAACUAGCAGAUCAGAACCUUCUCUGGGGGUUUAAAUGACAUGUUUAGGGAAAUGUACAAGUUGACUGUAACAGAAAAUGAUGCUAAAGCCAGUUAAUAAGAAAUAAACAG